AUGCCUUUGUGUGGAGGACUUGGAGCUGCCAAACCCGCUGCCCCGGAAGGGUCAGGCGUCGCUGACUCGGUGAAAUCAGAACUUGAAAGUAAGUCUGGGAAGAACUUCAGCCAUUAUGAAGUAAUUGAAUUCAAGACUCAAGUAGUUGCUGGGACGAACUACUUCAUAAAGAUACAUGUAGGAGGUGAGGAAUAUAUUCACGCAAGAGUCUAUAAAGCUCUUCCUCAUGCUCAGGAAAAACUGACCCUCUCGAGCUUCCAGGAGUCCAAAACUAAGGAGGAAGAAAUUGUUCAUUUCUGAGCAAAAGAUGUUUGACCAAUUACAAAAGGAUCUCUGUAACCUGGCACCCUUAUUAUCCCCCAUUAGAGGGGACCGGCAAUG